ACAUCACAGCUAAAAGCACAAAUGCUCAACCUUUUUUGCUUCUCACUAUCAUCACAUGACAAAAUCUAGUUUAUCCUUUACCUAGAGAAAUGGGUGCUUAUUAAUAUAUGCAUUUUCCAAUGGAAUACAUUAACCUUGACCUCUACCUUGUCAUUUCUCAGUAGCUAGGCUUCUUCUGUGUCUGCUCUUUCUUGAAUUCCUUCUACAUGAGGAUACAUAUAUACAUUUGCUUUAUGAGUUUGAUCUUCUAGCUAGCUAGCUAGCUUGAGCUACAUAUCAUAUAUCAAUUAGAGGUUUUAAAUCUGGGUAGAAUGAGGAAGCUGAUCUUUGGCAAGGUGCUGGAUUGUUUUAGUUUUUCUUCUGGACCAAGAUCCUGUUUCUGCAUCAAUGGCUUUGGAGCUGAAGAUGAUGACUUGGAGAAAAGGCCUCUCAUUGAAUCUCAAAGUGAUGUUAUUGCAGGACCUGCAACUCUAGCUCUGCACCUCAAGCCUAAGGUGGUAGUGCUGAGGGUAUCAAUGCAUUGCAAUGGUUGCGCAAGAAAGGUUAAGAAACAUAUCUCAAAAAUGGAAGGGGUUACCUCCUAUGAAGUGGACUUGGAAACCAAGAUGGUGAUGGUUAUGGGAGACAUUGUUCCUUUUCAAGUAUUGGAGAGUGUUUCCAGAGUCAAAAAUGCAGAGAUUUGGACCAUUAAAUCCCCCAUUUAGUCAAUAGUUAAAAUAGAUGCUUCAUCCUUGCAUUUAUACUCCAUCAAUGUGUAUCAACACUAUUCAAGUCAACUAUGAUCUAUGGUGGUGUUGUAAAAUUCGAGUAGUUAUGUGUUGUAUAUUUUUAAUAAUUAAAUCAAUUUAAGUUGUGUUAA